CCAGAAAUGAACACAGGCAAGCAUGGCGAGGACGCAAUGCGUGCUGCGCACAGGCGGACACGAAAAGGAGCACCUGAACGAGCUGGGUGGCUCAGCAACCAAUGAGAGAGGGAAAAAGACACGCCGAACAUGGUCUCGAAAAUGUUGUUCCUGCGUCCCAUUCUAAAAACGGCCGUGGCUACGGCGAUAGCGGACGAAGCCAUGCUUAUCGAUAUUUCUAUAUAUUAGAGAAGAAACGGCCACCAUUUUGUGCCUCACCCUCUUCAUCCAUAUCCGCUUAAGCUUCAAGACAGAUUUCAUUCCAAUAAUCUGCAAGAUUAUUUCUUUCCAAACAACUUUUAUCUACACAGCACUUGUUGCCCAUCAUGCACCUCGACAAACACGGCUACGUCUCUAUCGUGGAGCUUAUCGUCUUCCUCCCAUGCUUGAUCCUCGGCAUUGCAGUCUGCCUUCGCCACGGAUUCAAACGAACUUCGGGCUGGAUCUUCGUCUUGAUACUUUCUGUUAUUCGUAUUGCUGGAGCGAUAUGCCAGCUCCUGACAUAUGGUAGCCCGACAGAAGGGCUGAUCAAAGCGACGCUUAUUCUCGACUCCAUCGGAAUUGCACCACUUUUACUGGCGCUUUUGGGAGUAUUAUCCAGACUCGUCGAUUGGAUCAACGCCUCAAUGCAGAAUCCAAAAAUCAACUCGAAACUCUUUCGCAUCCUCCAGCUGGUCAUUGGUGUAAGCCUAAUCCUCGGUAUCCUUGGCGUUACCAGCCCCAAAUCGCAAGCUGUCGAUGGUACUUUCAUACCUCCUACCAUCUCCAAAAUCGGCAUCAUCCUCAAUAUCGUUGUUUAUAUCGCCAUAACCAUUAUAUUCAUUCUAUCGCUCCCCCAUGGCUCAGCAUUGCCCCAUUCGGAACGGCCACUCAGAAUCCACAUUCCCAUUGCCUUGCUAGCCAUCGCCAUCCGCUUGCUGUACGCGGCCCUCUGCAUCUUCGUGCACGACAGCACAUUCUCGCUCUUCAACGGUAGCAUCGUGGCAAACGUGCUAAUGGCCAUUGUGGAAGAGUUCUUCGUCGUCAUCAUCACGUUGGUGCUAGGCUUCAAGCUGGGUCGUAUCAGUGUUGAUGGUCAGGGCGAGAUCGUGGAUCUUAACCAGAAGAGCAGCGACAAUGGUGGACAGCUCCCUCUAUCGGCCUGAAGAUGGAAUCUAUGCACAGCCGUCUAAUGCUGAACUCGAGAUGUUCUCAUCGGCGCAAAGAUGGGCGCACUUCUCUUUUUUUCACCUCUAGGAGGGAAAGUUGUCCGUGUCGCACUCAUGUAAAAUAGAUAGCAGCUUUCCUAAAUUUCUUCCGCAUUUCAUUUCAAUCUUGUAAAGAGGGUCUCUAAAAGGCCUCUCACCCGAG